UGAGAAGUGCUUAAUUUAAUUAUUUUAAUUUUGUUGACGAUAAGUAAAAAACAUUGAGUUUUUCACAUGACAUUUUUAUAGGUUGUAGUUUUUUUUAAUGUGGUUUUUGAGUGAAAAAUAAUGGUGGUUUGAAUAUAAUAUUCUUUGUUAAAAGUAUUUAUACAUUUCAGCACAAAAUAUCAUUUUUAUUUAAAAUUGAUUAAUUUUGUCAAAUUUAUUGGAGUAUUUUUGGUGUGGGUUCAUUAAUACAAAUUCUCUGAAUGCGGUUUGAUAUGGAACGUGAGCCCUUAGGAGUGGCAACCGAAGUAGUACAUUUGUCAUCAUUGAAACGUUGGAGUCAAAUUUCACCAACGCAACAAGUAAUUGAUUAUUCAGCUACUGGAGAAACGCCAAAAUAUAAUGUUUCGCCAUUUCCAUAUAGCCUAGAUUUAAAUCGUAAAGUUAUUUUAUGGGUUGGUGAUAUUUCCACAUUGCAAGUUGAUGCCAUUGUUAAUUCUACAAAUGAGUCAUUAAGUGAUAGUAAUCCAGUUAGUGAUAAAAUAUUUUCUAAAGCUGGCUCACAACUGAAAGAGGAGCUAUAUUCAGAUGUGAUUGAGUGUCGAACUGGAGAAAUUCGUGUCACUCAGGGCCAUGCUCUUCCAGCACGUUAUAUUAUCCACACAGUUGGUCCCAAAUAUAAUAUUAAAUAUCAAUCAGCUGCUGAAAAUACGCUGCAUAUAUGCUAUCGAUCAAUUUUACAAAUGUGUUGUGAAAUGAACUUACGAACAGUGGCAUUUUGUGUAAUAAAUUCUGUAAAACGUAACUAUCCACCAGAGGAAGGAGCUCAUAUUGCAUUACGCACUGUGCGUCGUUUUCUUGAACAAUUUCCUGAUUCAUUAGAUCACGUUAUAUUUGCUCUUGAAUCACACGACAUUGGUAUUUACGAAGUAUUGUUACCAUUAUAUUUUCCACGCUCAACGUACGAAGAAGAUAUUGCACGUUGGCAACUUCCAGUUGAUAUUGGUGGUGUAGACGGUGAACCAAUUCAAGUGGAUAGACAAAUUCGCAUCAUUGAUAAUCCACAACAUACUUUGCACCCCGAAGACGAGACAAUUGAUUUGUCUGGUCAAUUAGAAAGUUCAGUAAACGUGGGUGAACACGCAUUCAGUCAAAUGCAAGGUGACUUAGAUCAGCAACGCCUGCUAGGCGAACGACCUGUCAGCGAUCCGUUGUCGGAUAUUAUGGUCAAAGAAAUUCAACAUCAAGAAAGAUAUGAACGACUUCUUCGCCGUGCCAAAUCUGAAGAUUUAUCUGAAAUAUCUGGUAUUGGAUGUUUAUAUCAAAGUGGAGUUGAUCGUUUAGGGCGACCUGUUGUUAUUUUUGUUGGUAAAUGGUUCCCAUUUAAUAAAAUUAAUUUAGAUAAGGCUUUACUUUAUUUAAUAUAUCUACUAGAUCCAAUCGUAAAAGGGGAUUACGUCAUUGCAUAUUUUCACACGCUUACGUCAAAUGUCAAUUAUCCAUCAUUUUCGUGGUUGCGUGAAGUUUAUAAUGUACUGCCUUAUAAAUACAAGAAAAAUUUAAAAGCUUUUUAUAUAGUACAUCCAACAUUCUGGACAAAGAUGAUGACAUGGUGGUUCACAACAUUUAUGGCACCAGCUAUAAAACAAAAAGUUCAUAGUUUACCGGGUGUUGAAUAUUUAUAUGCUGCAAUGGCACCAGAUCAAUUGGAAAUACCGGCUUAUAUUACAGAAUAUGAUAUGUCGAUUAAUGGAUUACGAUACUUUCAACCAGAAGCACCCACGUAAGAUUAGU